CUCGGUUUCAACAACGACAACGCUCUUUGGCAGUUAACUGCCUACAAACUACAACCGCAUCCCCUCGCCCGCUCCUGUGCCCGUAGCGACGGUCGUUGGCAUUCUGCAUACGUUUUCUUCCCAGGUCCGGACCAGCACGUGUGACGUUGAUUGCGACAUCGCAGGCUUGCCCAACCCCUCCUUUGCACCUCGCUCGGCGCUGUAGUGUUGUUCUGAGGCUUCAAUCACAAUUUCCAUUCUCUUCCAACUCUGCUCAACGGUGCUUCUUUACCAUGGCACUACCGAAGCGGAUCAUCAAGGAGACCGAAAGGCUCAUGGCUGAACCUGUGCCGGGCAUCAGUGCCGUGCCACACGAAGACAACCUCCGGUAUUUUGACGUCGAGAUCCACGGUCCCUCGUCUUCCCCGUACGAGGGUGGCAUCUUCAAGCUCGAGCUGUUCCUUCCCGAUGACUACCCGAUGGCCCCGCCGAAGAUCCGCUUCCUGACCAAGAUAUUCCAUCCCAAUGUCGACAAGCUGGGCCGCAUCUGCCUGGAUGUUUUGAAGAACAACUGGUCACCCGCGCUCCAGAUUCGGACGAUUUUGCUCUCCAUCCAAGCGUUGCUGGGUGCUCCCAACCCGGAUGAUCCGCUAGCCGCCGACGUCGCCAAGAGCUGGAAAGAGGACGAGCAGGCGGCCAUUGCCACGGCCAGGGCGUGGACGCAGCAGUAUGCGGUGCCAAAAUAGUAAUCGAACAGCGGGCCAUUGCGAAAUGAAGAGCGAGCGCAUCAAAGGAAUGGUGAAUUGCGCUGGUACCAUAUUGCCAUUUCAAGGAGUUGGGGGGAAGGCAGGUGCAACACAUCUGGGUCGGAGUUGUGGAUGGGCUUUAGAGGCGGCGCUGUUGACGGCCGCACGGGAUAGGUAGUGCUCUGGUAUCAGAGCGAAGAAGGCUACGUACAAGUAACAGCAAGCCCUGAUCAAAGGGCGUGGUGUUGGUGGCGUGGGAGUGUAGCAGGACUGGCUAGUAAGGCAACCUGCAACGGAGGAGAUUCCGACCCCAGGGAACAACCGUUUUGCAUAGACAUAACAUCGGGGUUUCCAUCGGUGGAGACGUACUCAGGCACUGCAGCACAGCGUCCAUGGGUUUUGAAUCACUUGCAAGCCGGCCAGGGCAUGUAGACAGACCUCGCGUUGAUCAUAGCGGGCUCGGAGAUGGCGAU